AUGGCGGACGAUCCUGACACCCGGCCUGAAUGCCCUGAGACCCGAGCCCUCGCCACCCGUCCUCUCCACGCCGCUCAGGAGCCCCGGCUCCCCAACUCCGCCUGUCCCUCGCCCGAGGCCGGACGUCUUGACCCUGGGCCUCCCCGGCCCACCGGCCCCUCCCCGAGCCGGCCCCGCCUCCCCUCCCCAAGGUCUCGGCCUGCCCUGCGGCCCUCUCGGCCGUCAGCGCGUCAAGGCCUCGCAAAUGAGGGGCUUCACGACUCGCCCAGACGCCCCCUCACCCACGACUCCCCGCCCGAGACCCCGCCGUCUGGCCGCCCCCCACCCCGAGCCCCGGGUUGGGCUGCGACUGCCCUACUCCCUCCCCCAGCACAGGAAGUGUCCGUCCGCGGCCAGUUCCCCCCGCUGGCUAACGCCGCGGCCUCUCUAGGAGCGGCUGGAGUGCGUGUGGCCAAGGACGAGGCGACAAGCGAGACCAAGGUCAGCGAGAAGGAGCGGCGCCAGCGGGGGCGGCGUCUAGCUCCUCUCCUCUCCCAGGCCUUUGGGUCAGCUCCGGCCGCAUCUGGGGAACCCGGGCGAACUCCGCGCCCUGGCCUGACCGAUGCUCUGAGCCUGCGACCCCCCGAUCGAACUCCAAGCCCGGACCCCAACGCGUCCACCCGCCUACUCCUCCGGUUCCAGGUGUCUGCCUAG